AAAAGUUACAAUGCAUCAAAAUUGAAGCACGCGGGCUUCCACUUACUCCAGAAUCACUGGCUUCCCUUCCACCCUUUGCUUCAAUUACCUUCAAUGCAGAAGAAUCAAGUGGACAAAAUAGCAAGCCUGAAGUUGCAAAAACUGGCUUGGGAUCGUCAGCAGCCAUGACAACUGCUGUUGUUGCUGCUUUACUUCAUUACCUUGGGCUUCUCAACCUUUCCUCGACUAAAGGUCAAAUUGAACAAAAUAAAGAUGCUAGGGAACUGGAUAUUGUGCAUGUGAUUGCUCAAACUGCUCACUGCAUUGCACAAGGUAAAGUUGGCAGUGGUUUUGAUGUUAGUUCUGCCGUUUACGGCAGUCAGCGGUAUGUACGGUUUUCUCCGGAAGUGCUUUCAUCCGCUCAGGGAGGGAUGAUAAUAGAAGAGGCCAUCAACAAUGUUCUAAAGGCCAACUGGAAUCAUGAGAGAACUAAAUUUUCACUGCCUCCCAUGAUGACUCUUUUACUUGGAGAACCAGGAGCUGGAGGAUCAUCAACGCCGUCAAUGGUUGGUGCUGUAAAGAAGUGGCAAAAAUCUGAUCCUGAAAACUCUCUAGAAACAUGGAAGAAGUUGUCAGAAGCAAAUUCUUCACUUGAAAUGCACCUCAACAACCUUAGCAAAUUGGCAGAGAAAAAUAGUGAUGUUUAUACAAGUGUCAUCAAUAGCUGCAGCAAUCUUACUCCUGAGAAGUGGAAUGAGAGGGCCAGUGAGCCAAGCCGAGUAGAAGUUGUUAGAGAAUUGUUAGGAGCUAGAGAUGCGAUGCUUGCAAUCCGGUAUAACAUGCGCAAGAUGGGAGAAGCAGCCGGAAUACCUAUAGAGCCAGAAUCACAAACCCGGCUUCUGGACACCACAAUGAACAUGGAAGGAGUUCUAUUAGCUGGUGUGCCUGGUGCAGGUGGAUUUGAUGCUGUCUUUGCUGUCGCCCUCGGGGAUUCAAGCAACAAAGUGAUCAAAACAUGGAGUUCACUCAAUGUUCUUGCAUUGCUAGUGAGAGAAGAUCCUCAUGGCGUAUGCUUAGAGAAUAAUGAUCCGAGAACAACAGAAAUUACAUCUUCUGUCUCUUCCAUUCAGAUUGUUUGAAAAUUAAGGAUAAUACUACAUUGAGAUUAACACUUCAAUUUCGUGUCAUAAAUGUUAUUUUCUUGAGUUACGGUAUUAGGUUCGAGUGAUUCCUAUUGUGUGGUGAAAAUAAAAGUUCAUUCCCAUAAAAUAAAAACAGUGCCUAUUGUAACAGUAACACUAUCUCGUAAAAUAAUUUUUUUGGCUUUCA